AUGCAACUUGACAUUGCUCAUCGACUACCCAUGCGUUGGAGCAGUAUAUUUUGGAUUGGAAAUGAGGUGGGCAUACCCAGUUGUUCUCGUGUAGCUCGAAGGUAUUUCCAAUCCAACGCGAUAUACCACCAUCAAAGAGGCCUUGCGCACACCAAGUUACUAAUUGCAGAGGAGGUGCCCAAGCCCCUACUGAAACCGAUGCGAGCUUACCGACUUGAAGGGCCCAUCAUUACAGGGUUGGAACGUCAAGAAUCAGUGUUGUUGGUCAACCCAGAUCACACAAUCGCUUUUGAUGAAGCUCAAAUCCGUUGCUAUGAACUGGCUAAUAAGGUCUCUGUCACCGGUGUUGGUCGCAUCAUCAACACAGCCCGCAUUGGAGGUCCACACAAUGAAUUCUACGGGGAGAUGGUGACUGUUCUGCAUAGAGAUUGGGAUCCAACUACCUUGCGCUGGGUCGAAUUUAUUGCUACCUAUCAAUGUGAUUUGCAUAUAGUGGUUUGGCUUGACAUGGAUGUCCUGAAAGUUGGGAAUGUCGUCCAAUUCAGUGGCAACAUCAUAGGGACUUCUGCAAACGUGUGGGUGGUCAAGGUCACCAACAUUUUGCCCUUUGGGUCUCCUUGA